AUGUUAGACGACACCCUCACGGUGGAUGGGCCCCAUCCCUCUGAGAAUCACUCUAAAGAGGCCCCCUCCAGCGUCGUCGUAGACUGCGAAUUACCAACUGACCCACACACGCCCUACCGUCCCACCCGAUGGCAGAGCAAUCUGACGCUCUUGAGUUGUUAUAUCGCCAACUUCAGUGAUGGGUUCCAGAACCAGCUGGCCAACCCUACCAAUAUCAUCUUCAAGCAUCUGCUCGGUAAAUCCGGCUAUCCGUCCGAGAUGCAGACGCGGAUCAGCAACUCGCUGAUUAUCGGGGCCAUCCUGGGAGUCCUCGCGUUGGGAUACGUCUCUGACAUGAUGUCGCGACGGGCUGGUCUGGUCUUCACUUCGGGCUUGGUCACCGUCAGCACCUUAAUGGCUGCCCUCGCACUGCAAGUGCACCCAUCCUACAACAUGCUGUGGUUCUUCGUCAUUGUCCGUGGUAUCUGCGGCUUUGGCGUCGGAGGCGAGUACCCUCCCAGUGCAGCGGCCGGCAUCGAAGAAUCCGACGACUUCCAACGCCGCUGUCGUGGGCCUAUCUUCGUCUCCUUCACCACGUUCAUGGCGACGCUCGCCGCUCCCAUCCUCAUGAUCAUCUACCUGAUCUGCCUCAAGGCAAGCAACAACAAUCUCCGAAUCACCUUCCACGCACUCUACUCCAUCGCAACGAUCAUCCCCGCCAUCAUCAUGGUGCUCCGGUUCUUCAUGACCGAUUCAACGCUCUACCACCACUCGAAUUUCAAACACCAACACAGACCUUUCCGCUUCUACUGGCUCCUCGUCCGCCGCUACCGGUCCCGUCUCUUCACCACCUCCCUCGCCUUCUUCCUCUACGACUUCAUCAACUUCCCCAACAGCAUCAUGUCCAGCACCAUCAUCUCCUCCCUGGUCCGGGACGGCAACCUCCAAACCACCGCAACCUGGCAGGUCAUUCUCGCCGCCCUCCCGGUUCCGGGGGUCAUCGUGGGCGCGUGGCUCACCCACACCCUCGGGCGACGGUACACCGGCAUGCUCGGGUUCACAGGGUACGUCGUGCUGGGGUUUAUUAUCGGCGGCACCUACGCCCGGCUAUCCCGACACAUUGCCGCGUUUGUCGUGCUGUACGGACUGCUCCAGGCCUUCGGACACAUGGGGCCCGGCGCCACGAUCGGCUUGGUUUCCUCGGAGGCCUUCCCGACGGCGAUGCGAGGCAUGGCGUACAGUGUGGCGACGGCGUUUGGGCGGACCGGUGCCGCCGUGGGCACGGAGUGCUUCACGCCGUUGCGGGAUACAGCGGGGGCCAGCGCCACGUUCUAUCUGCUAGGUGGUGUGGCGGUCUUGGGGGUAAUUGUGUAUUGGUUUUUGCCGGAGAGUGGGGAUUUGAAUCUGGAGGAGGAGGAUCGGGCCUUGGAGGAGUAUAUGGCGGGCCAUGGGUUUGUGAUGAUGGAGAAGAGGGGUUGA